AUGACCGACGUAGUCGAACUUACCGGGGAGGAUAAAAUAGAAGGAUUGGUUGCUAUGAAAGAAAUUAAAAGCAACCGAGAUUUUGAUCCAUUCCCGAACUCUAAUCUCUCACUUCAAAGUGACGUUGCGGCGAUGAAACUGUCUUACCUGACCGAGGCAUUGAAAAGAUGUGGAGAAAUCAAGCGCAAAACUGAGGAGCUCUUGCACAAUAGGGAAGGAAGAGAUGCCUUUGAGAUGAAACUAGAUUUAAAGACUAAAGUUUUAAUAAAUAAAGCAUUUGUUGAACUGAGACGGGCAAAUCGAGAGGCAAGUUUAGGAAGAAGGGAUGAAAAAAAUUUUAGAACGAAGGCUAAGGACGCUUUUGAUGAGGCCCAGUAUAGAUUAUUGGAAGUCAAAUACAAAGAGGCCUUGUUGGAUCACGAUUUAAAGAUCGCAAAAUUUAAGGAGUCGGAGUAUCAGAAAAUCUCAUUAAUAUCAGUUGAAGAAUUUUUUGUUACGGCUCCGAAUGAGUUCACAGACUCAUUAAAAUCCCAGAAUCUUGUCAGUUCUGGAGAUUGUGCUUCCAAUUCAGAACGACAGAGAUAUGAGCACGAACUCUUAUUACAGCGAUUAAAAUAUGAGAAGAGUGAAAGGGAAAUACUUGAGGACGAGAAGAUUCGAAAAUUGAGUCGUAAACGCGACCUGGAAUGCAUAAUCGAGAAAAAAUUGAGUUCGGCCUACUUGUUGGACGUUAUUUUGAAAGAAUACAUCAAGAAAAUCGAUCAAUGCAAAUCUUUAAAGGAAGUGCUAAGGAAUUGGGGAUCAUUGCCUCUUUCAGUUGCCGCAUCCGAUAAUAAUGAUAUCGACAGCGCGCGCUUGGAUUGUAGGGAUUUGUUCAAUGCAAAGGCUUGCGGCAUGGACUGCACAGUUUCCGAUAAGGAAGAGGGAGAGCUAAUUUGA